GUUUCCUUUAAAAAUGUUGUGUGAUUUUCCCUUUUAAUUGUGAAUUUUAAUAAUUAUACCGACGCAAUUUUAAAGUAAAGAAAAUGGUGACGCCAGUUAGAGAUACAUUCCUUUACUUCGCCUAUGGCAGUAACUUGCUAAAGAAAAGGAUUCACAUUAAUAAUCCAUCUGCGAUAUUCUUAGGCAUUGGACGACUUGAUGAUCAUCAACUAGACUUCAUAAAGUACUCUGACCACUGGAGGGGAGCAUCUGCUACAAUUGUACCUACAAAGAGUCACCAUGUAUGGGGAGCUAUUUGGAGAUUACAUAACAAAGAUCUCAAAAGUUUAGAUUGGCAAGAAGGUGUGGAAACAAAUUGGUAUUUUCCAAAGAUUGUAAAAGUUGUAACACCCGAUGGUGUUGAUCUGGAAUGUCGUACAUAUCAGCAGACCAUCAACCCUCCUCCUCGGACUGAAGGAGAGGAGAUACCACAUGACAGAAGACCAUCAAUUACUUAUUUAAACUGCAUUUUAACUGGUGCUGUUGAAUGUAAAUUACCUAAAGAGUACAUAGAAAAAUUAAAGAAAAUCCCCCAUAAUGGACAACAUGCUUCUCCAAAAUUGAUAGAAAAAUUAGACUUGUCUCCUCAUAUUGAUGAAUAAUAUUAAAAACAUGAUUUGUAUGUAUAUAAUAUGGAGUAUGUAAAAAGAUAUAUGCACCUCCUUUGUGGUAAAAAUAUAAAUUUGUAAAAAAUAAAUAAAUUGACA